AGGAAUCAAAAUUGUAAUCGAUAUGUAUGCACAUAAUAAGAAGUUUUUAUAUUCUAAUAUUCAUCAAAAUUGAAAACAAAAAUUUACGGCAAUCCUAAGACUAAGACGAGUAUUUUUCGAAAAUAGAAGUAAAAAGGGAAUUUUUUUUUUGCAUUUUAUUGGUUUAUCGUGGAGACAAAAAUCCUGUGUGAAAUCCUGAGCGAUCGCGCAACUUUGUGCUGAAAGCAAGCGAGGCGAGCAAUUCGAUCUCAUCUCCCAACAAAAUGCAGUUCUUUGGCGGCACAGAAAUCAGUCCCUCUCCUCCGGUGCCGACGGCAUCUGGCAACAACGGGCAUAUGAUGUACGUGUUCAACAGAAAUGGAGUGUGCCUGCUCUACAGGGAGUGGAAUCGACCGCUCAAGACUCUCAGUUCGCAGCAAGAUCACAAGCUCAUGUUUGGACUCCUCUUCUCCCUCAAAUCGUUGACUGCAAAGAUGGAUCCCAUCAGUGUUGAAAAAGGGAAUCUUGGGGUACCUCAGCUACCGGGGCAAGGUUGUUCCUUCCACAGCUUCCGGACCAAUACAUAUAAACUGAGUUUCAUGGAGAGUCCUUCUGGGAUUAAGAUAAUUCUAGUCACCCAUCCAAGAACAGGUGAUCUGAGAGACUCAUUGAAGUACAUCUAUAAUCUGUAUGUUGAAUAUGUUGUCAAGAACCCAUUAUAUUCUCCAGGAACUCCCAUAAGAUGCGAGCUGUUCAACAAAACUGUUGAUCAGUAUGUGCGAGGCCUCGGUUGAUGAAACGGUGGCUUAUCGCCUCAACUCGCAAGCUUACAAGUUUUGGCGCUAUUGCAGAACUGAACUUGCUGCUGUGCUGUCCUAGAUUCAUGUCGGAUCAUGUAUUCAUAUAGUAUUUCUGAUCCCUCGUCCAACUCCUAUACCAAUUUGAUCAUCUGCUUCAGAUUUUAUGUUCUAAAA